ACUGCGCCAAAAUGAUUCUAGGACUGAUGAAGCACUGCAUAUAGUUUUAAGUUUGAAAUGAUUACUUAUUGCUGGCUGAAAAGGAUAAUUUAUCUGUCACCUUCUCCUUUGUUAUUCAUAGUCUAUUGUUGUUGUCCUUUUUAUUCACCAUAGCUUCUUAUUUUCUUGCCUUUUUACAGCUAACAGUGGCGACUAUGGUUCCGCCGAUUCCCACCGCCGACGACAAGAAGGUUGAUCAGAAAGUCGAUCACUCUAACCUUCCUUGUCCCAUUCCCUUCGAAGAACUUCAUCGCGAAGCUAUGAUGUCUUUGAAGCCUGAACUUUUUGAAGGCAUGCGUUUUGAUUUCACCAAAAUUCUUAACCAGAAAUUCUCUCUUAAUCACAGUGUUUCGAUGGGACCUACUGAGAUUCCUUCUCAGUCUGCGGAGGUUAUUAAAAUUCCAACUGCUAACUAUGAAUUCGGCGCUAACUUCAUCGAUCAUCCUAAGCUGUUGCUUUUGGGGAGAGCUAUGACUGAUGGAAGGGUAACUGCAAGAGUCAAGUAUGAUGUGUUUGACAAUCUCACUUUGAAAGCCAAUGCUCAGCUAACAAGUGAGCCACAUAUGUCGCAAGGGAUGAUCAACUUUGAUUACAAGGGAAAGGAUUACAGAACACAGUUUCAAAUGGGGAAUGGAGCCUUGCUAGGGGCAAGUUAUAUUCAGAUCAAUCAAAGGCUUCUCCACUUCAAUACCUUUCAUCAUUUGUUGUUGUCUUCCAUCUUCUUCGGUAAAAACAGAACUAGAUUCCUGGUCAGACAACGAUGAUGAACACGACUCUGUCAACUGCCACAUACCACUCAAAAAACUUUCCAAAGCUUUGAUUUGUAUAUGUGGAAUUGGUUCUAACAAAGGAUAUUCAUAGUAACCACACAACCCUUUUGCUUUACACCAUUCAUAGAACUCACAAAGCUUAUUUGUUUGCACGGAUGCUUUCUUGUAUAUAUUAAAAGCAGCUAUGCUGUUCCUAUAAGACAUUUCAAAAAGAUUCUCCAUUACAGCAACAAUUUCUCUUCUGAACAUUGUGUAACAAAUGAAACUGUCGCGAAUUAUGUGUUUCAUUGCAGACUGAACAAUGAAACUUUUUGUUGCAACUCCUAUAGGAUAACAAUCUAUCACCCUAUCAAUAAUACUCUGCAAUUGUGGCAAAAUUUCAAGUGUCUCACCCAUUUCUUUCAUCUUCUCUUGAAAAGUUACAUUUUUUUCUUCCAAGUGUUGUUGGUUUUCAAGUUUCGUGUUAUCCAAGGCAACACAGUUAAGAGCUUCAUCAAGUAAGUGUGCAUAAGAAGUUACAAAUUUGGUGUAGGAAAUGGAACAUGUUGAUGAAGAAGUAGCAUCCUUGAAAUGACAAGGGUAGAGAGAGAUCAAACCAUUGGAACGGGUCCAUAAUAGUUCGGUCCACAAAGGAGAGUUUCCUUGAACGGAACGAAGUAAACGGUGGAGAAGAAUCAAUGACUUGAGUGCUACCCUCCAACUGCGAGUAGUUCCGAAUCGACGAGUGAAGCUGAUUGUGAAAGAAUGACAUGAAGAUGGAGAUAAUGAGAAGAGUUUCAAGAGGUGUUGUAUGUAUUUUUCAUGAACUGGUAAAUCAUCAGGGGAUGUUGCUUUUAUGAUGAUGAGAUUCAUAUCAGAAAAACCUGCAGCUGAAGCAAUCUUUGCAUAGCUUAUACAACUUUGCUCUUUGAGGGAAGUGCAAACCUUUUGGAACCUCCUCUUCAUGAUUCUUAGUUUCUUUUUUUCCCUCUUGAUGAGAAAUUAAGAGGGAGAGAACAAGAUUUAGCGAGUCUUGUUUGUAUGAGAAACUAUAACCUUAAUAAUGAAGCAGGUGGUGAAUUGUUUAUUGUAAUUUGUCACUAUAUAUACAUGCCAAAGUAGUAAAUGAUGUUUUUUUAGUCUUUGGUUU